CCUCCCACACGGAGGGUGAGGAGUAUUUGUGGAUGAAAGCGAGUGGCCAGUCUGGCUCAGUUCCCCAGCCCAGAGAGACCAGCAAUCUGCAGCCCUACAGGACACUUCGCUCUCCUGGGAGGUUUGAAGGAUGUUUGACUCAGUGAAGCCUUACGGAAACCAGGAUUUCUAUGCCCUGAAGAGGGAGUGCCAACGACGCAACCAGCUGUUCGAAGACCCCUUGUUCGUCGCCGACGAUGAAUCCCUGUUCUGUACGACAGCACUGCUGUCCAAUGUUCGCUGGAAACGCCCAACUGAAAUCUGCAACAGCCCUCACCUCUUUGUGGAUGGGAUGAGUGCCCACGACCUGAACCAGGGCCAGUUGGGUAACUGCUGGUUUGUUGCUGCUUGUUCCUGCUUAGCAUCCAGAGACGCUUUGUGGCAGAAGGUCAUCCCGAACUGGAAGGAACAGGAAUGGGCAGUGGACAGACCCAACAACUAUACUGGGAUUUUCCACUUCCGCUUCUGGCGUUUUGGAGAAUGGAUUGAUGUUGUGGUUGAUGAUCGCCUGCCUACAGUCAAUGGUCAGCUGAUCUACUGUCACUCCAAUUCCAAGAAUGAGUUCUGGAGCGCGCUGGUGGAGAAAGCUUACGCCAAGCUAGCGGGCUGCUAUGAAUCUUUGGAUGGUGGGAACACUGCAGAUGCCUUGGUGGAUUUUACUGGUGGGGUCUCGGAACCGAUCGACCUGGUUCAGGGGAACUUCAGCACCCUGGAGGAUCAGAGGCUGCAACUGUUUGAGAAGCUCCUGAAGGUGUUCAGCCGUGAGGGCCUCAUCAGCUGCUCGAUCAGGGUAACAUCAGCUGCGGAGAUGGAAACUCGCCUGAGCACCGGCCUGGUGAAAGGCCAUGCGUACGCUGUGACUGAUGCUCGAAAGGUGCGGCUGGGCCAUGGUCUCUUGGCUUACUUCAAGGCAGAAAAGCUCUUCAUGAUCAGGAUGAGGAAUCCGUGGGGUCAAAAGGAAUGGAACGGGCCCUGGAGUGACAGCUCUCAGGAGUGGCAGAAGGUCAGCAAAGGAGAGCGUGAGACUAUGGGUGUCACCGUGCGGGAUGAUGGGGAGUUCUGGAUGUCGUUUGAUGAUUUCUGUGCGAACUUCACAGACCUCGUUGUCUGCCGUAUCAUCAACACCUCCUUCUUCAGCUUCCACAAGACCUGGGAGGAAGCCAUGAUAAAGGGCUUGUGGACCAGGCACGAGGAUCCUCUGAAAAAUCGUGCUGGAGGCUGCAUCAAUAACCGGGACACCUUUCUGCAGAACCCACAAUAUGUGUUCGAUGUCAAAAAGGAAACGGACGAAGUGUUAAUUUGCCUUCAACAGAAAGACAUUCGUUACACUCGAAAGCAGGGCAGAGGGGAGAAGAUCUCGAUGGGGUUUGAGGUCUACAAGGUGGAGCUGAACCGUAAUUACAGGAUGCACACCAUUCAGCAGAGAGUGGCCAGCUCUGUCUACAUCAACUCCAAGACCAUCUUCUUGCGGGAGCAGCUCCCUCAGGGACGCUACGUCAUCAUCCCGACCACCUUUGAGCCGGGCGUACAGGGCGAGUUCUUACUGAGGAUCUUCACUGACAUGCCGUCAAACUUCAGGGAACUCACUCUCAAUGAGCCACCUCAGACCUGCUGGUCUGGACUGUGCGGGCACCCCAAGAUGGUGACUCAAGUUCACGUUGUUGCUGCAAGCGGAUUGGCCCAACAGGAUGGUGCGACAGGAGCUGAUCCGUAUGUCAUUAUCCGGUGCGGAAGAGAGAAGGUCCGGUCGCCUAUCCACAAGAACACGGUGAAUCCGGAAUUUGACGUAAAGGGAAUCUUCUACAGGAAAGAUCCCAAAGAGCCCAUCCGCAUCGAGAUCUGGAAUAACAAUGUCCUGAGUGACCAGUUCCUUGGUCAAGUGACUGUGAUGACGGAUCUUAGUGACCUCCAGCCACAUCAUGUCCUUCCCCUGAAGGACAAGAGUAACCGACAGGACAGUGAGCUCCCUGGGACUAUCAGCCUGAACAUCAGUAGCAGCCAUGAGUUGGCCAGUAUCUAAACUCUGCAAAAAAAUAACUCAUCACCAUCGGAAAAAUGGAACAAUCGAUCAAAUCAGGGUUCGACCGGGGUCAUCUAGGAUCCAUGGAUAAGAAAUUUUAGGAAUGGGAAAAGGCUCUUGGGGUCUAGGUCUGUCCCUCAAACCAACAUCCCUUCAGCCCCAUCCCCGUUAUGGAGUCUUAUAUAUUUGUUUCUCAGUGUGAGGAACGUUUUGGGAGUGUGGGGCUGGGGUAUAAAGUGGGGCUGCCCCAGUAGGUUUUUCUCCUGUAAAUUUCUGCAUGAUGUCCCUUCUCGUUUAGCACCCUUUCCCAACGCACACACUUCCAAUCCUUUCCUCCUGCCCACUCCUUGAUACAUCGCGCCCCCCCCCACCCCGCCACACACCUUUGACAAAAGGAAUGGGCAAAAACGAAGAAAUGGUAGUGAUUGUUGUGACUGCUGGAAAGUGUGGCAUUCUUGCAUUCAAUCCUGAUGAGCAUAAACAGCUGAUCACCAUCAAUAUCCAGUAUCGCUCCCUCUCUCCUAGUGGACUGUUCAUAGCUUGACUCCCUUUCUUGGAGUCAGGGUAAGGCUCAGUUCUUACUCCUAUUUAGCCUCUUUCAGCACCACCAUGCUCCAGGCAACAAGCAGUUUUCUAACCUGCAAAUUAUCACUGUCCAGAGACUUAUACUGAUGACUAGGUCAUGAAAAAAUGAAAGAGCAGAUGAUGAUCAGAGAGGGAGUUUA